UCUCGUCAGUUGUGCUCCGAACGCUGCCACCGAACAGAGCGGGUGUGCGAAGUUUAUGGUCCUAAGCUGUGGUGUUUUUUUGUGUCUUGUUUAUGACGCUGACUUGCUUGCUUAGAAUUCGCGAGAGGAAGUUAUAUAACUAUCAUAUUAUAUCUGCUGUUCGAGAUGCGAGCGUAGAGGAAAAAAUGACAAGCGUUGCAAUAAUGCACAUAGUUACUUCACAUCACACAGUUCUUGCAGAAACGAGAGGAAAUACUGAAACUCUAUAAGCGACAGAAGAACGACAUUGCAGAGCUGGAAAAAAAAAGCCACGCAUUCCAAAUAAGGCUGCGUCUCGGCCAUCGCGUGGGAGAGACUGGCUCGCCCGACGCUCAGGCCAAAGGAAAUAAGAAAACGUUGAUGUGAUGGCCGCGUGUCUGUUGCUUGUGACUGGAUCUUUCCUUAAGCGAAAGAAAGGUGCUACAGAGGCCCUUCGACAUACCGAGACAUUUGAAACGUAGGAAAUGUGCCCUUUGAAGACAUACCCUUGCGUUUGGCAGGUACUGAUUUCUCUCUGUGGUGGAUACCGGAGGAGGUAGGGUACUGGGAACACGUUACGCCACGCCAUGGCCGAGCAUCUCGAAACCCUGGGCACGUCUCUGCCCGGUGGGGUCGCCUCCCAGAGUCCUCAACCUCCUGACGCGGACCAGAUCCUCCAGCGGUGCCGGGAGGAGUUCCACUACCUCUAUUACACCACAAACGACACCCGGAUACUUGAUGACUUCACACUGUGCGAGGACUGCAACAUCACCAAUGAGGAACUCGAAAUCCUCGAACUGUCGGGAGUAUGCAGACCCUAUGACUUCUCAUACAUGCCCCUCAUUUACUACAUGUACGCGUCCAUAUUCGUGAUCGCACUGUUCGGUAAUCUGCUGGUGCUGUACACGGUGGUGACGAGUCGCAAGAUGCACACCGUCACCAACUUCUUUAUCGCCAAUCUCGCCGUCGGGGACCUACUCAUCAUGGUGUUCUGUGUUCCCUUCUCGGUCGCCUCCAUCAUCGUGCUGCAGUACUGGCCCUUUGGAGAGGGUCUCUGCAUCUUCGUCAACUAUUGCCAGAUCCUAUUAACCAGACGCAAGUGUCACUUACCUGAUCGUCUGGUAUUUGCUUUGGGUAGUGUUUUCAUUAGGGUCCUCACUUGA